UGCAAAAGACUAAGAAUCAAAGUAAGUAUAAUAAUUGAAAUGAUAAGUUAAAAAAGCUUAUGUACUAACAUUUUAAAUCUCUAGUGUGAUGAAGGUAAACCAAAAUGUGAAUAUUGUUUCCAUACCGGUAGAAUCUGUGAAUAUCCCGAUCCAUCAACCUCUAAUUCAAUCAAGAAAAAUAGACAACUGCAGUAUCUAGAAACUAGUAUUGAAGGUUUAGAACUUCUUAUGAAAAAGGCUGAAAAAUUCCAUAUUAUAGAUCAAGAUCAACAUUAUCAGUCCGCUCGAAAUCAAAUGAUUUUAAAUCAAGCUACAGCUCAACUAGGGAUAUCCAGAUUUGAAUUAAGAUUAUUAAGUUUCUUUAAUAAUUAUUGUAUUUAUUUAUUUUCAUUCGGUGUCAAUGAACCUAUUCAUGAUGUAUGGUCAAAUCAUGUUCCAAAAUUAUUCUUUACGAGUGAAUUGGUACGAAAUAGUAUUUAUUCAUUUUCAGCUUUAAAUUUAUUUCCAUUAUGUGAUAUUGAAGAAUUACAAUUACAAGAUAAUAUCGAUAGUCGAUAUCAAUUUGAUGAAAGAAUUGGUCAAAUGAGUUUUAAUGAAAAAGCAUUACGAAAAGGUGAUGAUCAAAGUUUAUUUGUUAAAACUACCAAUUAUUUUAUAAAAGCCAUCAAUGAUAAAAAUGAUGUAUUAUCAAAAGAAUCCCAAUAUUAUGGUCCUUAUAUUGCUGAUGAACAAACUGCUAAAGAAUUAAUGAUAUCUUCCAUUUUAAUAUUUUCAUUUUUAGGAGUACAUCCUCAUAAAAUUGUUCCAUUAGUAAGUUUUGAUCGUGAAGAAUCAGAUUAUCUUUCAAUUUCAAAGGGUAUACAUUCCACCAUUGCAUCUUGUGCUCCUGCCAUUAUAAAUACCGAAUUUAGAGGAUUAUUUAACUUUGAAAACAAUCAAAAAUCACCCAAAAUAAAAGAAAGUACAUAUCCUAUAAUCAUCAAUUUAAAACGAGAUCUAGAUGAAGAAUUCGAAUUAAGAGAAUUAGAUUCAAAGCUGGCAGAUGAUUAUCAAAUUUUUAGUGCCGCUUUAGAAAACCUCCAAAGGUGUUUAUUCAAUGCUAUUCUGUAUGAUUAUCCCAUUCCUAUAUUCAGAUGGAUCUUACUCUUACCCUUUGGAUUUCAUGAAUUAGUCUAUCAAAAAGAUUUCUUUGCCUUAAGAAUGCUUUAUAUCUUUGCAAGCAUUUGUACUGUGACUAGGUUCCAAUUAUUUCGAGAUUCAAAUGUUUGGAUAGAUUAUAUCUUCUGGUACUGUGAAUAUAAUUUAACCAACUUUAAUAAUACAUGGAAAUAUAAAAUGGAUGAGAAUUUCUAUAAAUUAAUCUUUGUGAAGGAAUAUAGUUUUUUGAAUAUUCCAUUUUCAAAUUUAAGAGAUUUUGAUCCUGAUUAUUUAGUUCAAAAUAUGUAAAUAAAUAAGAUUGUUCAAAAGUAGUAUGUAUGUAUAAAUAUAUAUAUUAUUUAUUUAUAGAAUUCGUAGUAAGUUUAAUUCUAAUACGAUAAACUUUACAAGAUCUUCCUAGGAAUUGAAUGGUUAAGACUAAUUUAUUAGAGGUUGCAAUAUUAUUACACAAAGAGCACAAUGAUGCAAAUUCAUGUAUCACCAAAUUCAACCAAAUUCAAAUUCAAAUUCAAAUUCAAAUUCAAAUUAAGCUAAUGAUCCAGGUCAAAUAGAUCCAGAUACAGACUCAAUGCGAAAAGCACA